AUGAGUGUUCUUCAACGUAUAUUUGGGAGUUCAAAGCAACAAAAAUCAAAUAAUAUAACAUCUGAAGAAGCUAUUCAACGUUUAUCCAGUGUUGAAGAUCUUCUUAAUAAAAAACAAGUACAUAUCGAAACACAAAUUGAAAAUGAAAAAGCAAAUGCAUUAAAAUAUUCCAAACAAGGAAAUAAACGUGCAGCUAUUUUGGCUUUGAAAAAGAAGAAGAAAUAUGAAAAUACAUUAAGACAAAUUGAUGGAACAUUAACAACAUUAGAAAUUCAACGUGAAUCUUUACAAAAUGCUUCGAGUAAUAUGGAAGUUUUUCAUGUUAUGAGAAAUGCAGCAGCUGCUUUAAAAAAAACACAUGAUAAUCUUGAUGUUGAUCAGGUUCAUGAUUUAAUGGAUGAUUUAUCUGAACAAAAUCAUAUUGGGGAAGAAAUUGCCAAUGCAAUAUCAUCACCAGCUUUAGGAGGAUCAGAUUUAUAUAAUGAUGCUGAUUUAGAACGAGAGUUAGAUGAAUUAGCGAACCUUGAUUUAAUAGAGGAAAUGACUAAUAUUGGAGCAUUACCAGAAGUACCAACAACAAAUAAAACGAAAGAAAAAAUUGAUCCAAUUCGACAACUUGAAGAUCCGACUUUUUGA